CCUGCUUUCUACCAUGGCCACCACUCGAGGCGAGGAGUCACCACGACCUCCGGCAGUGGAGGCUCUGGUAGCUCCUCACCGCGGUCGUCCGCGGUGGUAACCUCCCUCACGGGUUCGACUCGAAGUGCCUCAUCCGCGGCAGCAGUGAAUACAAGCAAUGUAGUUCUCGAAGCGGGAGUAGUAGAAGCAGACUCUGCGCCAGCCCUUCGAACGGGAACUGGCUCUGCAGUUGCUUUUUCCCUCUCCUCGAUGCUGUCCACGACAUCCGCUGAUCUGGCUUUUACUGACCAGUUUCCGGAUAGGUAAAGUGAAUACCUUGUCUGCAUAUAAUCUGAUGGAUAUUUUUUAUGUAGUUCUAAAUCUAAUCUGCUGCUCUUGCAAGAAGAGCUUUUGAGCCGUUGAAAGAACGGACGUCGGUCGUACAACCUUAUACAUAGAUCCAUAGAUUUGCAGAUAAUUUCAGAGACACCAGAUGACAGACUCAGGCUGGACAAAUAUUUGUGAAGCAUAAAUAUAAAUCAGGCACAUCGGACCUUCUGACGCAGAAAUCGCAGCUAUGUGCAACGCAAUCGGAGUGGCAGAUAUGGACGAGUUGAUGGAGCAGGCAAUUCCCCCGCAUAUUAGGCGUAGUUUGACGGAAGCUCAGCUAGCCGCUCCGGCAACCCGCAGCGAAACCGAAGUACUGCAGAUACUCAAAGACGUGAUGUCGCAAAAUCAGUCGCGCAAGAAUUUCCUGGGUCAAGGAUACCAUGGCACGCUGACGCCCGCUUGCAUCUUGCGAAAUCUUCUGGAAAACCCC